CCAUGGAGCUAGCCUGAUGCUCAUCCGCGAGGUCCAUUGUUGGCGGAGACAUUCUGUUAGGGCUUGCGAGAUAUUGGACCCCAGAAUGCAGACGAGCAGGCAGCAUGACAUCAUCGAUGAAAAUGGAUUGCCACUCUGCAGAUAUGGACUGGCAUUCACUGCCUUACAGUUCCUGGACAGAAUCUCAUGUGAGCUCCUGGUUGGAAUCUAUUGGAAUAAAAGAAAACUACAUACUAAAGUUGAAAGAAGAGGAGGUGACCGGAUCAGUUCUCACAACUCUACAGAGGGAUUAUCUCAGCAUUACCAUUGGAAUGAAAAGUGGCCAAAUUGAACAUUUACUCAAGAAAAGAGAUGAUCUAUUAAAGACAGGACAGUCCAAAACAAGGACAAAGACUGACUCAAGUGGUAAUACAAGACGUGACAAAACAGAAAAUGUUUUCGUUUCAGAAGAAACCUUUGACAGAGAGGUGAAAAGAGACAGCUCUAAUGCAAGCAAAGACAUUGUAAAGUCUGGCGUGGCUUCCUGUGAGCAUCGGCAAUUUGACCAGCGUCCAACAAACUUUAGAUAUGUGAAGCAUAACAUACUUCCACCAGAGACAGGGCCUGAAAACAUGAUCGUUCCAUGUCAUGAAUAUAAGUCACUAGAAACUGCACACAAACUGGACUCGAAACGGCUUAAAACUAAAAUAGCAAGUGAAGUCUUGAGAUUUGCAUGUGCAUGUAUGAAUAUGAGAGCCAAUGGAACCAUUCAUUUUGGUAUAAUGGAUAGUGUCAAAAGCACUCACCAGCAUGGUGAAAUCAUAGGGAUACCAGUCCAAAGUCAAGAAGAUUUUGUGGAUGCAUUAGAUUACAUAGAAAAAUGCUUUAAAGGAUCAAAUCACCAAUGUGAUGCAAGGAAAUGCAUCAGAAACCCCUGCUUCAUUGAGGUUCUUGAUAAGGAAAGUGCUGAAAAAACUUGGGUCGUCGAAUAUGACAUUGUUCCAAAAGCCAGCACUGUUAAAGAUAAACUAUACUGUGUUGGUGUCCCAAAGUUCUCUGAGAAAGAUGGCAAAGUGAAAAAUGAAGAGCAGGUCCCUUAUCACAGAGUGGGGGCCAACACGCCACGGAUAUCUGAUGAUGAGCUAAUCCGUUUCAUUCAAGAUCUGAGAGAGAAGGACCAACAAAGAGAGGAGGCAGAAUCCUCAAGUAAUGAGACGGCUCUGGAUUUCAGAGAAGAUCAGAAGAGAAAGCUCACCAUUCUUUUAACAGGAGGAAAAACACACAUGGACAAUUCUCUCUAUUACAUUAUUGUGACAAACAAAAUACAGCCAGAGUAUCUUGACAGCAUAACCUUCUUGGUCAACAUGAAUCUUUUUUGUGUGUUUGACUUUGACCCUGAUUCUGAAACAACAGGCCUUUAUAGUAAAUACAAGGAGCAGAAGGCUGUAACCCCACAUUUUCUUCAUGACUAUGAAAACAACAAAAGACUGGGAAAUUCUGAGCUUAUUGAUUCUUUGAAGCUCUUUGACCGAGUUAGUUGGAUCUAUUGCAAUGGACGAAAUAACUUUCCUGGUCAGGAGGUUCCCAGUGAUGAAAACACUUGGAUUAAAACAAGAAAGAAAAAGAUGAAAAAAGCUGUGUCCCUAAUCUGCAAUGAAAUCCUCCCAAGGCGUUCAUUUGUUGUAGUCUUUCUACUCAUGUCUGAUGUUCAACAGCCACUUGUAGAGACUUUCCACGAGUUUUAUGCAGAAAUGAAUGGGCAUGAUUGCUUAGCAGUUAUUGCAGAGUCAAAGGAAAUCUAUAAAAAAUGGUCCAGUCUUGCUCAGCUCUCUUGUCCCAUCUCUUCACUCAAAGAAAUCAGCAUUGUUGACAUGCCACUGAGUCACGUGGAUGCAACAGUUCAAAGCAUUCAGCUCUCCAAGAACCAACCAGAAAGGAAAUUACCGGUUUCAAAUGGAGGUUUGUGUUUCCUAAAGUCUGUGGACGAGGCAAUGCUAGACUCAUUGGAAAUCAUCAGUGUUGACCAGUGUGAUGACACAAACCUAGAAAUCAUGAGUGAAGAUGAAAUCAAAGAAACUGAACUCUACUUCUAUCAUGGUGGAAAAAUUAACUGGAUUAACUUCUGGCUUGCUGACAAGCAUAAAUGUGGAGUCAUCAUUGAGCGGGACGCCUACAAAGAAGCAAGCGAAAUUCUGGACAAUGUGAAUCAUCGUCGCAAAGCUGUACGUCCCAUAGAAAGCUUGAACAUAUAUCAUCAACCUGGCAGUGGUGGAAGCACAGUGGCCCGACAAAUGCUCUGGAGUAGGAGGACAAAAGUACGAUGUGCAGUUGUGAAACAGUCAAAAGAAGUCACUACUGUCUGUGAGCAUGCAGUGAAACUGAGGGAAGAAAAUGAGAAUGACAAAAACAACUGUCUUCCUGUGCUCCUCCUGCUGGAGGACCAAAACCCAGAUUACAUUGAUAAUCUUCGACGGCAUCUUGGAAAUGUUAUUGCAAUCAAAAAGAUAAAUCCCUCAGUGUUGUGCUUCAUACUGCUCAUCUGCAACAGAUCAAAUGAUCCCGAAAAAAUGUGCAGGGCAUCACCGUCUCAAACUGUUGCAGUCACCCACAAACUGUCAGAUCAAGAAAAAUCCUUGUUCCUCGAGAAAAUCGACCAACUCAAAUUCCAAUUUAAAGACUUAGACUUUGAUUUCAUCCUAACAUUUGUUCUCAUGAGUAAAGAGUUCCAGCCAAGUUACAUAAAGGAUUUUGUAAAAAAUAUUUUAGAUAAAAUUGAUCAUACAUCACUGAUCACUCGACUCAUCAGAUUUGGGGCUCUUUUAAAUUGCUAUGUCAAGGAUUCCUACAUAUCUGUAUCUCAUUGCGAGGCAUAUCUUGGCAUUGCUCCCACUGUGAGAGGAGCAAAGUAUCAUGCCUUUGUUGAUAAUCUCAGUGAUGAGGCUAAACUUAUUUUUAUCAGAGACAAUUCAACACACAUCGAGUUGAUCCGCAUCAUUCAUCCCCUAGUGGCCAAAGAAAUUCUGAGUCAGCUCUCUGUCAAUUUGCCUCAAAGCUCUAUUGCCAUGGAGCUCAUCAACGAUGACGUACUCAUCAAUCAUAGGUUUGACAGAGAUCAAUUCCUGAAGACUAUAACAGCUCUUUUCAUUAGACGCAAUAAAAAAAGCAGAGGAGAUCCAGAAGACACAACGUUUUCACCACUUAUCCAGAAAGUCAGGACUGAAAGAGAUGGUGUUCAGAAAGCCGUUGACCUGAUGGAAGCUGCAUUCAUAGCUUUGGGAAAAGAUGCUUAUGUGGCACAACAGCUUGCCCGGCUGCUUUACACAAAUGAGAGAUUUGAGGAGGCUCUUCAGUGGGCAGAGCAAGCGAAAUCACUGUCUCCAUAUGACACAUUUAUCCUUGACACACUGGGCCAAGUUUACAAGUGGUGGUUUUACCAUUUGUAUGACACCAUUGAAGAAAAACAGCCAUCUCCAGAAAUGGGAGUUGAAAUCAUAAGCAUUGCACUUAAAGGAAUAUCUGCUUUUCGAGUCUCUGAAAAAACACCAAAAAAAGAGACACUCAUCCUUAACACUUCAUUCUAUGGAGAGGUGGAUGUUGGCUGCAGGCUGCUGAAGUUCUUGUCAGAAGUUGAUGUUUUUUCAAAAACGAUAGGAGACUCAGAGCUGUUAAGGUACUUGCUAACAGACUACAUACCAUCAGAGGUGAAGACACCCUGGCAGAGGUUUCAUCAGCAGUUAAAAGGGCUGGAGAGGAGCUUGAGACAAGCUCUGGAAUGCAUUUCUGAAGACCUGAGCUACUUUCAGACUGACAUUAGUGAAGAGGAUGAGGAACUUGAUGCAAGAGAUCCAGAGCAAGUUUACAAUCCAAGAAAAUGGUUGACAAAGAAAAGUGCUGUAUAUGCAGGAUUCUUCUGUGGUACACAAAAGGAGAGUGAUGAAGCAGCUGAAAAUGCCAACACUGAUACGAUGGAUCAAGGAAAAAUCCUCUCACCUUUCCAAAGACAGAUGAACUCGUACAAGUUUGGAGGAGGAAAUGUUACAUCCAUCCUCUUGUUACUCUAUGACAACAAACCACAGAGGGCAGGGAAAACACUUGAGGACAUCAUAAGUAUGUAUUCAGGAAAUCUGACAUGUAAAGAUCUUGAUGAAAAUGAACUCAUAAAUUUCCUUUUUUGUCAGAUAGCUCUUAACUGUAUCUUACCUGGCUCCUCAAAGCUCUUAUCCCUUAAACAACUACAAGAUCUCAGCAAGAGAUUUAAGACAAAAGGAAAACACAUGUCAUCAGCAAGUGCCCUCUUUCUUCUGUCUCUCCUGUUUUGGCCUGAGAACAGUGAAGAAGUGAGUUCUGCUGAUGUCCAGAUCCUUCUAUUGGCCAUUGAUGCUCUUCAGAGACUCUGUGAACAAAAAAUCCAAUACAUGUCUCAGAGAAAAAGUAGAAUAGUCACACACUUCUUCCUGGCAAAGGCCAGAGGUCUAAACAAGAUUGUCCAUAGAAGUGCUAUUGAAAAGCAGAUCAAAGGAACUCUGAGUGAGAGGAAGCUAAAAUGGCUCGGAGGAGAAGUGUGGAAAAGCAAGGAAGCUGUGCAGCAACUGAAGCGGAUUGAAGGGUGGACAGAAAAUGAAAACUUGUAUGUCCAAUGUGGGCAUAAAGACAGCAAAAUUAGAGUCAUCCCUCGCUACUCUGCCUCCUUGCCCCACGGAAAUGAAAAGGUCACUUUCUAUUUAGGCUUUUCGUUCGAUGGUAUAGUUGCUUUUGACAUUCAGGUGAUGUAAUAAUAUUAACUUCGAAGUUAUUUUGUCUUAAAUGAUCUUAAUCUGGAAAAAACAUGAACUGUAACAAAAAAAAGUGUAGCGACAUUAAAAUACUUUAUUGUAGAUCUAUUUGUUGACCAGUUUGAGUGAAUGUGAGCAGCAUAGAUACGUUCAGCACAGCAGUCUUGUUCAAUGAGAUUUUAUUUUAUUCUUCAGCUUCUAAAUGUGUGUUUUAUAAUGCAGAAUACAUUCACUGGUGCAUAUUAUGUUUAAAUGGUGGUAAUAUUUUCUGAAACCUGCUUUGUGUUCAAAUUAUAAGUAACCACAUUCUUUCAGAAAGAUGACCUACUGUGGAGAAACGUUCUGGAAAAUGAAAGUUAACAGUUUUUUUUUACCUACAUAAGCAAAGUGAGACUGCAACAAACAGUAAAACAUUGUCCAGACUAGAGACAAACUGAGCAUAGCAUAGAAUUUGCUCUAAGCAUGCAGCUAAGCAAGUCUUGUAAACAUCCUAUAUGGAGUAAAUAUGUUUAGUUUUUGUCUAUUUUAAUGCUUUUGAAAUGUAUCUUUUUAGUCAUUCUAUUGUAUUACCAGCAUAAGAUUCUACAUAUAAGAUAUAACAAACCCUCCUUUAUUUCAUCUGAGACACUGCACCUUUGCCUUCUUGUAAAGUGGGAAUAGAUCUUAGAAAACUAAAUGUAAAUGUAGCAACAUGGGGUCAGCCAGAUCUGCUAUCUUGUAUCCUUUGUUGUAGUUUGCUGUAGAUCAGCUUAACCACGUGUUAUCAGCACCUAUUUGGGAAAUCCUAUGCCUUGGCUAUCUCCUUGUUGUGACUUACAUUAGAACAUUUAUGGUAAUUGUGCAUCUCUUUAAAUGAAGAUCAGUCUUCACUGUUUUUUAUCAAGUUUUGCAUAAUUUAUUGUUUUAACUUUAAUAAAUGUUUCAGUACUGUUUAAAGGA